AUGGCAAUAAUUCCUAAAAGUAUUUUUCUUUUAAUUAUUGGUGUUGUGGCAACUUUGUUCUCCAUAGCUUUAGCUAUACCAGGGACAGCAGGAUUUUAUAGGAAGGAGUACUAUGUUCCUACAGUAUGUUAUGGGAAAAAACCUCAAGUGCCAAGUCCUUGUACUGGCAAAAGUGUUGUUGUAAAAGUUGUUGAUAAUUGCCCUGGUUGUGGUCCAAGUGAGCAUGUAACAAUGGAUAUCUCUGAAGAUGCCUAUAGAAUUAUUGCUAAUCCUGUUGUUGUCCAAGGCCAUGUAAGCAUUGACUAUGUCAA